GAGAGUUUAGACGAGCUCAAGCUGGUGGUCGGGGACACGUUUGAGAACGUUGCUUCAAUACAAGACUGCCAUUUCCAACAAAAAGAUUCCGUCCAAACCCUGGGGGUCAACACGAAGCAGCUGUCCAACCAAAUGCUGGACCUAACGAAGGUGAUAAAUGAGCUGAAAGACGUCCUCAUUCAGCAGGUCAAAGAGACUUCAUUCCUCAGAAACACCAUCUCAGAGUGUCAGGCCUGCGGGCUGGGGGGGACUGAGGUGGUGAAACCCAGGUGUGGUCCAGGUGUGUGUUUCCGUGAUGUACGGUGCAUAGAGACGGCCGACGGCGUGGAGUGCGGGCCGUGUCCGGACGGAUACACCGGGGACGGAUUCAACUGUGAUGAUGUGGACGAG